AUGUUAAAAUUAGUUUUCAUCGUUAAAAUUCCGCCAUAAACAAGUGUAUUUUGAUAGCUUUGUAACUAUAGACAAGGUGAGCUGUCCGACGAGAGGUUCCGAAAAGAUUGGUGGAUUGCCUAUAGAAUCGGUGUGGAUUGAGAUGUCGGAUAUCGGCAGCGGUGACGAGGGAAUUUCUAGUCAGAAGUAUGGUCAGAGUAUGGACGCGGGAGGAAAUAACUUCGACUCCGGUCAGUCGCAGCAGGAGCAAGAGCUGGCCACGAAGAUGUUACAGAUCCAGUCUAAGAGGUUCUACCUCGACGUGAAGCAGAACAGGCGCGGCCGGUUCAUCAAGGUCGCAGAGAUCGGCGCGGACGGGCGGCGCAGCCAGAUCUUCCUGGCGAUGUCGACGGCGGCGGAGUUCCUAUGGGUACCGGUGUGUACGGUACCGCGGCCGGCGUGGCCGGGCGAGCGCCGCGCGGCCACGCCAGCCGCGGCCGUCAGGUGUAUUGGUGACGGCAUAUUGGGUGUUGUGUAUGGAGAGAGCACCUCGGCGUGGAGGUAG